CUUAGAGAACUGUGAUCAUCUGUAACGGAUAAAGGCUUCUUCAGAGCUGUAUCUGUCUACGGCUUCAGUUGGAAGGUGAAUGCUCCACAGUAGCAUUCCCUGACUUCCUUCAACCCUGGGAAGUAUCAGUUAAAUAGAAGAUGCCCCUGGAAGUUACGUUUCCGAUUUCUUUUUUUAACUUUUCAGAAUGUCAGCUAAGUAAUAACUUUGUUUUGUUUUUGUUUUUGGUAUAUUGGCCACCCCAGGGCCGGCCACGGAGUAGACAUUCACGUACUGUAGUUAACAAAUGGUUUUGCUAAAGUUGGGUUGUACUAAGUUAUUCCACCCUGAUUUUGUGUGCUGAUCCACGUAUAAUAAGGAAGUAAUAGAGUGCGCGCGGUAUUCUUAGGUUUCGUUAAUACGUUUAAUUGCUUAACCUUUAGAAAUAGGAGUGAACUAAAACCAAAUUUCAGCUGAACUAUCUUUCUUUCUGGACAUUGUAAUCAAAUUUCAGUAGAUGCACUUCAGUAGUUUAAGUAGGGUCUUCGUGCUGGGGCACACGUCGGUGCAAAGGAAAGUCACAUCCAAGUGUUUACUCUGAAAAUACGGAGGUUGUAUGAGUUCCUCACUGGGUAACCAUUAUGCCGAAAUUAACUUUUCAGGUACUUGUGGAGCCGAUGAGAUUUACUGGCUUAUAUUGUCAUCCACUGUGUAACUCUUCCCCAACAUCUGCCUGCAGGAAGAAGACAGUUAGGAUGUCUGUGGUAACUGGAAGGCUGAGAGAUCCUGACAUAAAUCCUUGCUUGUUGGAAUCUGAUGCUUCUACCAGAUGUAUGGAUGAAAAUAACUAUGACAGAGAAAGGUGUUCCACUCACUUCUUGAAGUACAGAAACUGCCGGAAGUUCUGGAAUUCUGUCAUGAUCCAGAGAAGACGGAAUGGAGUGAAGCCGUCUAUGCCUACAGCAGCAGAGAGAGACAUAAUCUUGGGAGCAAUGGGCAAGAUGCCCUAUUGAGUGUUUGCAUUAAAGUGGUUUGUUUAACUCAGAAGCAGAUGAAUAUGUUUAAUAAGUGGUUACGGUAACUUCUUAAGACCUUCCAGGCCUUACCCAGACAGAUCUCAGAUUCCACCAGGGGACGGCCUGUGUCCUCUGUGUUUGCUCUGAGUGCCGUAACGAGAGCAGGCUACUCUGGCUGCGCUGUGUCACCAAGUUUACAAGACUUCCUGAAGGCAAGGGAGCGUCAGGAAAGACUCCAUGAAGAGUUGAGCUUUGCUGCUGGGUUUCGAAAGAGAAGUAAGUCGUGAACGAGGAAGGACUUAACGGGGGUGAAAGGGAAGCAGUGCUUGUGAUGUGAGUGACAGCAUGAUGGAGGGAAAGCUGGAGCCACAUCUGGAGAGCACUGUGUAGGCGGUUCCCCUGGAGGGUGAGGUGGGGGACUGAGUGGCGGGGAGAAGACGGGAAGGUAAAUCCAGGCUGGGUGCGUGGCGGGGUGUCUAAUCCCAGUGCGUUAGUAAGAUCCCUGGCCUGAAUUCACUCACGUGCCUCGGUUUAAAAAGGUUAGGGGAGCAGGGGAAAGGCAAGGUUGGCUUAAGUGGCAUGGCAAAGAACUGGCUUUCUUCAUUUUCUUUCUUUAAGGAAAGGCUUAGUCAAAGGAUUCUAUAACUCAGAUCUGUGAAUACUGGACAACCUUGUGAAGGCGUCGUAUCCUUGAACCACAAUAAUGGGAAGAAAAAGUGAUACUUUCAGAAGUAGGAUUUCUACUUGCAGGAUGAGGUGGACAAGGAGGGUUUGGGGCUCAUCAGGUGAUUGCAACACAGGAUGAGGCUGGAGCUCAGCUUCAUUUUAUGAUACGAAAGUAGGAACGUUCAGUAUAGUGACCAGGGUGGGUUGUGUAGCAGCUCUCAAACUCACCGCCUUUUAAAAUCCAGUUGGUUUCAUUUACAGAAUUGUGAAAGAUACAUUAUUUGAUAAAAUGUAAUGUACUUAUAAAGUCAGUGAAAACAAAUAGUUUGUGUCCCUCUUUUCAUCUGGCCCUGGAGCAAGAGUAUUAUUUUAACGGAUGCUGACAACAGACUAUCCAUCUCGUUGGUCUGAAUCCAAAACCCAGGUCGGAUGUUUCUAAAUCAUAUGAUCUUGAUUUCCAAAUGUGAUUCCAUUUGAAUAAAAGAUGGAUUCUUUCAGAGAGUCUUUGAUUUGUACUGAUUGCUCUAAAAUGAUGGAUUAAAAUAGGAGCUGACAGGAAACUAAUACAUCCUGUGUAAGAAGCAUUUCAGUACUUUUAAGCUUGUUCAAGGGUUUGGAAUUUUAAUGUCACCCUUUUAAAGGUACAUACCAACAGCAGCAUUCAUCCGAUAGCUAUUUGUCCUGGCCUAGCUCUUUUUUUUUUUUUUUUUUUUUUUAAACAGCAGGUUCAUUGAGAUGCAGUUUGUAAACCAUAUAAGCCAUCUAUUUAAAGUGUACAAUGCGAUGGUUUUUAGUGUAGUGACAAAGUUGUGCAGCUGUCCCCACAAUGGAUUUUAAGAGGCAUCAACCCAGAAAGCGAGCCUGUACCUGUUAGCACACGCUGUUCCUUUCCUCCCAACAUCACCCUUCCUCCGCUUCCUCAACACUUAGGCGACUAUCAGUGUACCUUCUGUCUCUAGAAUUGCCUAUUCUGGACAUUUCCAGAAAUGGAAUCAUACAACAUGUGGUCUUUGGUGGCUGGCUUCUUUCACUUAGCCUCAUGUUUUCAAGGUUCAUUCCUGUUGCGUGUAUCAGUACUUCAUUCCCUUUCACUGCUGCGUAACCUUCGAUUGUAUGGAUGUACCACAUUUUAUUUUUACACGCAUCAGUUGAUUGGUACUUGGGUUGUUUGCACUAUUGGCUAUUUUAUGAGUCAUGUUGCUUCUUGAACUUCUGUGUAUGAGGUUUUGCGUGGACAUUAAUUUCUUUCUGGAUGUAUACCUAACAGUUGAAUUGCUGGGUCAUAUGGUAACUGUGUUUAGCCUUUUGAGGAACCAGCAAACUGUUUUCCCAAGUGGCAGCACCAUUUUGCAAUGUGUCAGAGUUCCAGUUUCUCCACAUCCUCAUUAACCCUUAUUAUCUGCCUUUGACUACAGCCAUUCUGGUGGGCGUGAGCUGGUAGGUCACUGUGGUUUUGAUUUGCAUUUCCCUGAUGCCUGACGGUGCCGAGCAUCUUCACUUGCGUAUUGGCCACUUGUAUAUCUUCUUUGGAGAAAUGUUCUUUCGGGCCCUUUGCUCAUUUUUAAAUUAGGUUGUGUAUCUUUAUUACUGAGUUGUCACAGCCCCUUACAUACUAGGUACAAGUCCCUUAGAAGAUACAUGGUUUGUGAAUUUUAUCUCCCAUUCUGUGUGGGUUAUAUUUUCACCUCGUGGUGUCCUUUGAAACACAAAAGCUUUUAAUUUUGAUGAAGUCCAGUUCACUUUUUGUUGUAGCUGUCAGCGACAUAUCUAAGAAAAGGUCCAAAGGUUUACAUCUCUGUUUUUUCUAAGAGUUUUAUGGUUUUAGCUUUUACAUUUAGGUUUUUGAUCCAUUUUGAGUUAAUUUUUGAAUGUGGUGUGAGGUAGGGGUCCAACUUCCUUCUGUUGCACACAUGGCUGUCCUGCCUGUCGUCCCUUCCUCUUCUGUUGAAAAGCCUGUGGUUUCUCCUGAAUUGUCUUGGCACCUUUGUGGCACAGCAGCUGAUUGUAUUUGUGAAAGUGUUUCUGGACCUCAGUUCUGUCCCACUGAUCUCUGUGUUGAUACUUAGGCCACUAGCGCACUGUCCUGAUCACUGUAGUUUUGUAGUGAUGGUGCAGCUCCUUGAUGAUUGGUAUCUAUAGGUGUGUUUGCUAUGAAGUACUUUUGAAGACAGACUAACUGGGGAUUUCUGAUCAGCAAACUCUUAACAUAUGUGAGCAUAAUGUGGCUCUACCCAGGCAACACUGUUCAUUUCUAACUCUGUCUUCAGUAGAAAGAGUUAGAAAUUUCUUGCUCACACCUUUGCACACACCCUCCUGACUUCAGGACACUAUCCUUGUAACCUGGUUGUUAGAGAUCUUGUUGCACCACUUGAAGGGACAGAGUCCCAGGGGUUUCCCUCGUCAUCACUGUUAAAUUUGCCACUCUUUUAUUUCUCUUUCUACGAUUCUACUUUGGGAGAGGUGAAGCUAAUAAAUUAAUUGUGUCAGGACGUGAGUAGGUGCCUUGAGAAAUUUGGGAGUCAGGCAGGCCUUUGGAAGCAACUAUCGACUGACAAGAUGCAUAGAAGGUAUUUUACUGUGUUCCCGUGCAUCUCACGCUGGUAGGAAGCGUCUCAUUGCAGGUUCCAUGUGUGUGUGGUAUGCACAAGCAGUCUUUCUGAGAAUCACUGUAUCUAUCUGAAAGCUCCUGGAGGAUGCAGCAAUGUCAUCUGUGGUUCUGCCCGUAACGCCUGGCAAGCGUCUAGUACGUAAUAAAGGAUAAACACCUGUGUAUGUGUUUGGGGAGGGAAGGCUUUUAAAAUUGAACACAUUGAAAAACUUGCAGGUUCAGGGCUUCCUUGGGGGAGCAGUGGUUAGGAGUCCUCCUGCCAGUGCAGGGGACACAGUUUCGAGCCCUGGUCCGGGAAGGUCCCACGUGCCGUGGAGCAACUAAGCCCGUGUGUCACAACUA